AUGUCCCCCGCUGGUUUAUAUGAGCAAAACAAAGUUGCCAUGAAACCAAUCCUGCAGAGAAAAGGAAUUAUAGCUCAAGCAGGCAAGCUCAUUGGUGGGACAAAUAAAGUGAAAAAAGCCACAAACAGACAAAAAAAGUCUACACAGAAAGCAUCAGAAGUACUCAGUCAGCAGCUUUCAGUAAGUGAAGCAUCUACAAAAACUAGAAAAGAAGUAACAACGUUGGAAUUGAAGAGUGGAAAAGUUGUUGAUCCUUCAACAAAAAUUAAGCUGCAGCUUUUUCCAGUUGAUGAAGUUACUCGAAUAGGAUUAGAGAAGGAUGCUCUUAAUCCAUUCCUUGAACUCACACUAAGAGCUAGAAAGAAGAUAUCAUCUGUUAUCAACCACAUCCAUACAAAAUGGGGUGCUUCAAGCAUAGCCAUAGGGGAACCCAUGCUUUUACCUUAUGAAUCACACCUCAGACAACACACAUCUAUUACUACAAAAUGGACAUCAAAGGACACUUCUAUUACUGCUGGAGAUGUUUACACAGCUCUAGAAACUCCUCCUGUAUUCCGCUUAAGUUAUGGCUGGUUCUCUGAUGAUGAGCCUUCAGGGAUUUCUCCACGUAAUUGUGUAACAUCUGAAACCAUUCAGAAACAUAUCGAGACUACAGAAGAAAAGAAGCUUCUAGAAGCAACAGCUGAAAUAGAUGAUACCGAGCAUGUGGAUGAAAAAGUCAACAUGGGUCAAAGCCAUGAACGGUCAACAUCACCAUGGGAUGAUGAGUUGACCAAUUUGAGCAUAGGUGGACUUGUAUCCGAACACUCGGUGCCUCAAAAGACUUCUCUAAUCACCGAUAUAAGCAUUGGUGGGCUUCUAUCAGAAGCAUCAUUACAAGGAAAACUACAACCACAACCACAACCACAAUUUAAAUGGGAUGAUAGUUUAACUGCUUUAAGCAUUGGUGGACUUUUAUCAGAAGCAUCUUUACAAGCCAAGAUGAAUAAAUUUGAUCCAAAAUCAUUCAUUUCUGAUUCUUUCGAUGCCAUCAUCUCUUCACAACAAAUGAAAAACGAUCCUCAACCUCAACUCUCUAUAUUGGAUGCUGAACAGACUUGUAAUGCCUUUUCCUUCCGCAAAUUCUCCUCAUCUACCAAAAAUGUUCGUGUCAGUGUUGCUAGAGCUACUCAUGAUUCUAAUUCAAAUUCCUUCAAAUUCCCCGGUCUUCUAGAGGGGGACAGACAAGCUGCGAAUGCUGAAGAUACUUCUGGUCCCCAACAAUAUAAUGAAGACAGCAGAAGCCUUGGGCUAAGAGGCAUAAACUGGAAUGAGUCUUUAGGUCCCUUUGAUCUUGGCAACUCAAUGCCAUGGAAGAUUUGAGUAAGUUCGUAUGGAUAGCCAGCAAAAAGUUGCAUCAAAUUUAGGUAAAUUUAAAAUGUAUAAAAUUGAUUCAUGGGACUUUUAUACAACUUUCUUAGAAUCAUUUUGGAGUGGAUUUCUAUAAGUUUUUAGUUUGUUAGUAGAUGUUAUUUUGGGACUACAAUACGUAUCAAAUCCUUUUUGAUAUAGAAAUGGACUUAAAAGAGUUUGGAAACACUAGUACUACUUCUAGCAGUGAUUUCUUCUGAUUAUUACAUUUCAUAUUUUAUGGUGGGUUUGGUUAUCAAAUAGA